AUUUCAUUGUAAUAAACAAUUUAAUGUUAAAGAAAUACAAUAAGCUUUUACAUUCCUAAUAGCAUAUUCAAUAAAACAAUAUUCUGCCACAGAAUAAAAUAUGUAUAAGAAAUACACUCUUUGUAAUUAGUUAAAUAUGGUUUAGUAUUAUUUAAGAACGAAAAGGAGGCACAAAUGUACGCACGCGCAGAAACACACCUCCGCAGACGCACACGACACGCACACGCACACGACACACAACAAGAAACUGAAAUAUUUCAAAUAUCAAACUAAGUAUUUCAGAUAUUAACACGUGAUGCAUAUCCUAAUACAAGUAGUAGCAAAGGGUAGAAAAAAUGUAUACAUAUAUACGCAUAUAUAUUUAAAUACAUUUUCUUGUUGAUGAUCAUCAUACAAUGAUAAACAAAAAUAUAACAAACAUAAACAUAGUUGUCAGAUCUUAUGUUAUCUGAACUGAGACAAAUUAGAGGUUGUGUUACAUCCUUUAUGAAUUCAAACAAUGGUUUUAUACAUAUUUUAUACAUAUAUGUAGUAUUUUUCAUAGACAUUUCGUUAUUUUCCCGUUAGAUGUCUCUGCAUGCUUCAGUAAGCACGUGUAUUGUAUAUUGUCUUGAAAUAAACAACAAAUUCAUAAGUAUGGACAUAAUAAAAAAAGCAACUAGUUGAUAUAAGUUUUACUUUCUAUUUCGGGAAAUACUUAAAGGAUACACAUGCAUUAUAACAGACUGUCCUAUAUGUAGCAAUACAAAAAGAAAGUCAAAGCUUUAUGUAAAUAAAACAACAGGUCUUUUUAUGUGUGACAAAUGUAAUUCUAUGGGUUCUUGGAAUAUAUUAGAGAGAUUAUUAUCAAUACAAAAGUCAGAUGAAAAUGUCAAUGAAUUCAAUAUGUUAAAAGAUAGAUGUGUGAACGAAAAUUUUCAACGGACUUGGAAAGAUGUAAUAAAUGAUUGCCAAAGCAUUAAAGAUUUAUCUGCUGAAGAAUAUAAAACUGUUCUCAACAAUUUUUCAUUUCCUCACAUUUCACAAGAAGUCCUGUCUCAGCUAAACUGUUUCUACAACAAGGCCACCAAUGUAUUAUAUUUUCCAUUAGUAGGACUAAACAAUUCUAUAGUUGGAUAUAAAACACAUUCAAUCAAUCCAGAAAAAGAAAAAACAGUUCCUGUCUCUGGUGUUAGUGGAUGUAUACAAUACAAACAAUACCAUAGUAAAAAUGAUAAUAGUGCUGUAAUUGUAGGAACGAUAGAUGAUUUGCUAGCUUUAAUAUCAAAGAAAUCUGCAAGUUUAAUUAUAUGUCUCCCAUAUAAUCUAAAGAAUCUACCUCAACAAUUAUUACCAUACAUGGAAUCUUUUAAAAAAUUAAUUUUAUGGUUUGGGAAUGAUGAAAUAAGUUGGUAUACUGCUAAACAGUUUGCAAAAAAAUUUAAUGAAAAGCGAUGUUAUUUCAUCAGACCAACAGACUCACAACCUCGACCAAAAUUGGCUGCCGAAAUGAAUUAUAAUCUCAACAAUAUUCUUGGAAAUGCUCAACCUCUAUGGCACAAAAGUAUAAUUACCUUUCAAGACCUUAAAGAAGAAAUUUUAUGCGAUUUGCAAAACAAUGAUAAAGUACAAGGAGUAAAAUGGAAGCGAUAUUCAACUUUAAAUCGUAUAUUGAAAGGUCAUAGAAGAGGUGAAUUCACUGUAUUGACUGGCCCAACUGGAUGUGGUAAGACAACCUUUAUGAGUGAAUAUUCCUUAGAUUUGGCAAUGCAAGGUGUUAAUACUUUAUGGGGCAGUUUUGAAAUAAGAAAUGCACGAUUAGCAAGAACAAUGCUACAACAAAUGGCAGGAGUACCUUUAGAUGAAAACCUCGAAAAUUUUGAUUCAUAUGCAAAUGCGUUUGAAAAGUUGCCAAUUUAUUUUAUGACAUUUCAUGGCCAACAAAACAUCAAAGUAGUAAUGGAUGCAGUUGAACAUGCAACAUACAUACACGACAUAGCUCAUGUCGUAAUUGAUAACGUUCAGUUUAUGAUGGGAACAUGUAAUGAUUCGAAAUACAUGGAUAGGUUUUGGAAACAAGAUGAAAUAGUAGGGAAAUUUAGAAAUUUUGCUACCAUGUACAAUUGUCAUGUAACCAUGAUAAUACAUCCGCGAAAAGAACGUUCCGACGAAGAAUUAACAACUUCAUCAAUUUUUGGGAGUGCAAAAGCAAGUCAAGAGGCAGAUAACGUGCUUAUUAUUCAAGAUAAUAGACUCAACACUCUUCGGGGCAAAAAAUAUUUGCAAAUAGCUAAAAAUAGAUACAGCGGUGAUUUAGGUGUUAUGGUAUUAGAUUUUGAUAAAUCAAAGCUUAGUUAUACAUCAAGAUUAAAAGGUAAGGAAAAAAGUAAUGAAAAAUUAAAUAUUUGUCAACAAAGGAAACAGUAAAUAAAGAUUAUUGUGGAAGAUGC